UUAUUGGAAAUUGACACACAGCCAUGCGCAACUUCAUUCGGUCUCUGCCUUCUUGCAUUUAGAACAACAUUACUUACAUUCUUUUCGUGGAUUUAGUGUGAAAUACCUUAAUUUUUCGCAAUGCCAUUGACCCCAGGAGCCAAGGACCGUCUCAGGAUAGUCUUUAGUGUAGUUAAAACUGUUUUCCAUUGGGGAUUUAUUCCUGGAGUUCUCUAUCUCGGGUUUACAAAAGGAUCAGAACCUGGAGUACCCCCACUAUCUUUCAUGAGUCUUCUGUGGCAAUAGAUUUAAAGCUGAAAGGAGAAUAUUCGUCUAGAGUUUAGUAUCCUGAAAACCCAUUUGUUACUAUCGUGGAGGGAUUUCUAAAAAAAAAACAGACAAUUUUAUCCAAAUUUCUUUGAAACAUUAUAUCCUGUGAAUAAAAUAUGAGAUUUCGAUAAAAUGGAUAAGAAA